AUGGCAAAAGGCAAUAAUUCAGCAGUCACUGAGUUCAUCCUCUUGGGCCUCACAGAUGAUCCAGAGCUUGAAGGCAUUCUCUUUUGUGUAUUCCUAUUGAUUUAUUUAGCUACUGCCUUGGGUAAUCUUGGUUUGAUCGUGCUAAUACAAAUCAGUCCUCAACUUCACAUACCUAUGUAUUUUUUCCUUUGUCAUCUGGCUUUUGUGGAUUUUUACGGUAGCUCCGCCAUCACUCCAAACACCCUUGUGAACUCUUUACGUGAAGUUAAAAGUGUGUCUUUUUACGCAUGUGCCACUCAGGUGUGCUGCUUUAUCACAUCUUCAGUUUGGGAAUUAUUGAUGCUGUCUGUUAUGGCUUAUGAUCGGUACAUGGCCAUCUGCCACCCUUUACUCUAUGCAGUUCUCAUGCCUAGGAAACGCUGCAUUCGAAUGGUCACGAGCUCUUAUAUUUAUGGAUCCACAGUGGGACUCAUACAAACAGUGGCUACAUUCCGUAUGUCCUUCUGUGGCUCUAAUGUGCUCAACCAGUUCUACUGUGAUGAUGUCCCCUUGAUUGCUCUGGCCUGCUCUGACACCCGAGUCAAAGAGCUGAUGUUGUUAACCAUUGCUGGGUUCAAUGUUCUGUGUUCUCUUAUCGCUGUCCUUGUAUCCUAUGUAUUCAUUGUCUUUGCCAUUUUAAGGAUCCGUUCCGCUGUAGGAAGACAGAAAGCCUUUUCUACCUGUGCCUCCCACUUGUUUUCUAUUACUAUGUACUAUGGGACCCUCAGUUUUAUGUACCUGCAGCCCAAGUCAAGCCACUCACUAGAUAAAGACAAAUUUGCCUCCAUAUUGUACACAGUGGUGAUUCCCAUGCUAAACCCAUUGAUCUAUAGCUUGAGGAAUCGGGAGGUAAAAAAUUCUCUGAAAAAAAUUAUUGAGAAUGUGCACUCUAGUCAUCAAUGA